AUGUGGCUCGCCGUGUUCGGGUCGAUCGCAAAGGACGUCGUGAUCCUCGGCCUUGACAUCUUCACGGCCGUCACCAUGCUGGUGUCCACCAACUGGACUAACGCCGUCUAUGCCUCGGCCGACAACCACUGUCGCGAAAGCGGCAACUGCCCGAUCACGGUCAAGUUCGGCAUCGCCAAGUGGGUGUUUUGCGGCUGCAUCUUCUUCUCCUUCCUCCUGCUGGGCUGGGAGAUGUACCGUGCCAGUCGCGUCAUUGCGACCCGCGACAUCUCGUACUGCUUCACCAACGUCAUGGCCAACCGUUGGGUUUCCGUGCGCGACUACAACAAGUUUUGUCUCUUCCGGCAUAUUGGUGAAUCAAAGAAGAAAAAGGACAGCGUCGCGUUCUUUGUCUUCUUCUCGUUCCAGGACUGGAAGCGAGUCAUCCUGUCAGACGGCCCGAGACAGUCUAUCAACGCACUCAUCCUCUACACAAUCGCCAAAAACUUCAACUUUUCGUUUGACUAUCUCCCGCAAUACUGGGACAACUCGGUGAUCACAGCGCUCCUGUUCUGGGCCAUGGUGACGACCGUCGUCCUGUUCGCCUUUGGCCUCGCCAAGAUUCUCCUGUCUGGUGCUCUCUACCUCCCCCUCCUUUGCUACAUCCAGGGCAACCUGAAGGAGUACGUCUGUCACAAGGUCGACAAGCGUCUCGGCAAGGUCAUGCGCAACCUGCAAAAAGACCGAAUGAAGCGCAACGCAAAGAUUGAGCAGCAGCUCGCUAUGGGCGGGAAAGUCAAGGUCGCCACGGGCGAGAUUGUCGAUGCUGCUCUCCUUCGCCCGACCCUGCCAAACAUCUCUCUGGACGACGACGACGUUGGGUCCAAGACGAACCUCCUGCGGUCUGGGUCGCCCGUUCCCGGUGCGGUUGUCCCGCCCGGUGGUCGUGUAUCGCCCGGGCCCAAUUGGGCUCUGCAGGAGAAGCCGCCUCUUCCCCCAGGAGGUCGUGUGUCUCCAGGUCCCAACUGGGCGAUGCAGGAGAAGCCGCCCAUGCCUCCUGGCGGCCGCGUCUCUCCCGGUCCCAACUGGGCUGCGCCAAAGGGCGGCAUCACCCAGGGCCCAAACCACUGGAACGCGUCCGAGAUCUCGCUCACGGCGCCGCCGGUCCAGCAUGCCAACCUCGACGACAUCUACGACUCUUACACGAUCGACGACCACGACAGCAACCUCGGGCACGCAGCGCCCGGACUGUCCUACCCUCCAAACACGCGCCGGUUGUCACCUCCGCAAGCCGCGGCAGGCGCCCCAACAUACCCUCCUUCUGCCAUGGGCCCAGCACCACCUUAUCCGCCCCCAUCAUCUUAUCCCGACAUCUAUUCUCCGACGCACCAGGCCUUACGACCGCAGUCGCCCCAGACGCAAUUUGGACGGCCGCAGUCUCCAGCUGCUAACCUCGGGUAUCCCCGCGCCCAGUCGCCCGUGGUCCAGCGCGAGUACUAUGAGUACUCGGCUGGCAGUCUGACGGCUGUCUCGUCUGGGAACCAGAGCUAUGUCGAGGCGACAGUGUCGACAAUGGCGCGGACGCGACAAAGUCAUGGGUGGUAG